AUGGUAAAGCAGGAGAGCAGACAGGACGACGAAGCUUUAUCUUUCUCGCCUCAACAAGCGAACGUUCGUGAGUGGAGCGGCGGUGCCGUUAUGAAACGGCAGCGACAGCACUCAAGUCCAAAAAAAGAUGCGAAGGAGUCCUCUUCUGCGACCAGCUUAGAGUCGACUGCACCAAAUAAUGCGGAAGGGCCCAGUGGUGAAAGUAAGCUCACACCGGUCGAACUGAAGAAGGCGCGUCAAGAGCAUUUUAAUAAUAGGUACUGCUACGGAAAUUUCGAUCGUCUAUUAUGGUGCGCGGUUAGAACCUGGCCAAAAAUGUUUGAAGACAAAGAUUGGAUAUUGAGUGGUGAAGGCCUAAAUUCGAAACGAUUCAACGACUUUGUUGGAAAGUUCCCUGCGUCUUUCUGCACCAACUUUGGUCCUAUCUCCAACCACACCUUGUCUUUCUCCACCAAAUUUCCGGAUAACGUUUGGUUCCGGCGGGAAAACUAUGUUCUGGAGAGUGAUGAACUUUUAGAAACGGUGGAAGAGGAGUUUGAUGUGAUUCUAGCAUUAAGCAUUACAAAAUGGAUACAUUUGAAUUUCGGCGAUGACGGCCUCCGACGUUUUUUCCGUCGUGCCUUCAAUCAACUGCUCCCGGGCGGUAGAUUCAUUCUUGAGCCGCAGCCGUUCGCCAGCUAUAGGAAGAGAGCGAAGAUGACGGAAAAGCUGAAGGCCACCUAUGCAGCUAUAGAAUUUAAACCGGAAGAUUUCGAGAUGUAUCUCAUUGAAGAGGUCGGGUUUGAAAGUGUUGAACAUCUCGGUGCUCCCUGCGCGAAAACAAAAGGGUUUGAACGUCCAAUUGAUGUUUAUUUAAAAAAGCCACCACGUUUCCUGGAACGCGCGGUCAAGAAUGGGGAAUGA